AUGAAUAGAACACCAAGUUUUCGUUAAGCAGCUAAUAAAGAGAAUUUAUUUAUUUAAAUUGCUAAUAAAAAAUCAUUAAGCAAUGGCUAAAAAGUAAUUAAAAGUGAAACCUCUAAAUAUGCUGAUGAACAUUAUGAAGACUUAAUUAAAAAAAUUUAUUAACUAGAUCAAGAAAAUAAUAAACUUCGUGAAUUGUUAAAAAAAUCAAAUUAUCUAUAAUUUAAAUUUGUGGAUCUGUCAAAAAGUGACUAUUAUCUCCAUUCCUUCACUGAUAUUAAAAAUAGGAGUUUAGAUGUAUUAUUACUUUAAUAAUUAGUUAAGUUUAGAUGAAUUAAAAGGGAUUAAUAAUGGAAGGAGUAAUGAAAUGUUAUCAUAAAAGAAGUCUUCAACUCCUAGACAAAGCUUAACAGCAAAAUAAAUUUAAAUAUAAAAACAAAGAAAUAAUCUAAUUAAUUCAUACACUUAAGAUUUAAUUUAAGAGUAAACUACAUUUGAUUACUUAAUACCAGAUGAAGUUUAGGAACAAGAGAAUUGCUUUUAAGAAUUUUAUAAAACUUUACUUAUAAAUGUAGUUAAUAAAGACAUGAAAAUAUUUAAACAUAUUGAUUAAGUUGUAGAAUAAGAAUUGAAAUAAAAUUUUUAAACAAAUUGUUAAAAUUAUGAUAAAUAAAAGAAUCUAUUAAGCAAUUUAAUUUAAUUAUUAAGUAAUAUGUAAAAUUAUUGUUCUGGAGAACAUCCAGAUAAUUAAUUUAUAAUGAGAGCUUAUAAAUCAAUAUAAGAAAUAAUAGGAUCUAUGUUUAGAAUGUUUGAAAAAAUGAAACUUCACAUUUUACCUUUAAAUCAUAUAUAAUUAAAUUUUUAAGAGAGAAUUCAAGAAAUUGAUAAACUUUAAGAAUAAACUGAAUAUGCAUAAUAAUAAUUAAAAAAAGCAUCAAUUGUAAUUGAACAUUUAAGUAAAGAAAAUCAUUAAUUAAAAAUACAAAAUAAAGAAUACUAAGACUUUUUUACAUAAAUAAGUUAUAAAUUAUAAAUAAAUGAUGAUACAUCUUAAUUAAAACAGAGUUUGGAUUCAUUAAUGAAUAAAUGUAUAGAAGGAAUUAUAAAACUUCAAAAUUUUGAAUUUCAAAAGUCUUAAAAAAUAGAAAAAAUAAGUCCUGUUCAAAAUGAUUAAACAGAUUUAUAAUAAAAACUUAAGAUAAUUUAAGAUAAAUAUGAUAAAUUAAAACAAAAGAAUAAUAAAAAUAAAGAAAAAUUUAAAUUUUGUUUAAAUAAAAUAUACGAUUGCUUUGAAUAAAAUGUUAAGCAAGAUUACUUUCAAUAAUUAACAAUAGAAGAAUAAGUACAAUUAUUGUGUUAAACAAUAUACCAAAUAAAAACUUAAUGA